UACCCCCAGGUCUGUUUCCUCCACACAACCUUCCAGCCACUCUGCCCCAAGCCUGUAGCGUUGCCUAGGGUUGCUGUGGCCAAAGUGCAGGACCCGGCACUUGGUCUUGUUGAACCUCAUCCCAUUUUGUACUUCUUCAAUGGGUUAAAGCCCAGGGGUGCGUGCGUGUGCGUGCGUGUGUGCAGUAUAUCUAUGUGGGGUGUCUAUGUAUAGCAAAAUAUACACUUCUUUUUUUUGUACAUAAGUUUUGUAUGUUCUCACGGAAGCUUUCCUCUUCUCGGAAGCGUGUACUUCUCUUUUUCCCAUUUCCCCGGAGUGACUGAAUCCUACACAGAUUAUUUUUAUACCGAGGACUCUUGGGAGUAGAUUUUCUCUCAUUAAGAAAUGAGGAAAAUAUGCUGGGAGCCAAAGGAGCAGAAAUCUGAGAUUUAUGGGUCCUUUCAAGACCAAACGGAGCAGGAGUCCCCAGACCUGAGAUACCGUUUUCUGUCCUUACAGCAUCGAGUAUAUAUAUUGUUCGUUGUAACAUAUUUAAAAUGCCUUUAGUUUAAAUUUUAACUUCAUAUAAAUUAUUGACUGCUUAUGGUCCUUUCAAGAAGGGGAGAGUUCGUGAGAUUGUUUGGUCUUAAAGUGGUCCAAAGAUUUCAGAAGGAACUAAUUUUAGCCGGUUACCCUUUUAGGAGCUACGAAGUGCCGCGUUCAGUUUAUACUUGACAAGGCUUUGUAAAACACGUUCAAGAUUUACACAGCGCAGCCCUGGGCUGGAGCAGCGGUGGCUCUCGUUGGGCACCGGGCAGCGCCGCGUGCUGCUCCUGCCGCUGCUUCGCCCUCGCGCCUCCCAUGGGCGUUGUGCUGGAGCAGGAGGGGCUGCAGGAGCCAAGGAGACCCCGAUGGGGAGAGCAGGCAGCGCCGAGUGGAGCGGGAGCCGAUGGGACUGAGCCCUCCCGCGUGCCCACGCGUUUCCCUGCUGGGCGCUGGCGGCCACGCGCGGCCCUUCGGGAAUGUCAGCUUCCAUCUCUUCGGACCUAGCUUUGUUCUGCUGCUGUUCGCAUGAAAGACGGAGCUGAUAAGCACAAGGUGUCAGAAAAUAACCGUGAAGCAAGACGUGUCUCGUUCUGAUGAGGGAGCGUGCUGGCAGGGAGAUGCUCUGAAGCGAGAAGCGAAGGUGAUGGACGGAGAGAGCCCCGAGCCCGGCUCUGCCCAGCAGCAGCGGGGAAACCUCGCGGGGCUGGGGCACUGCGAGCACCUGGGCCAUGCAGGCAGAGCCUUCGCUGCCCAGAGGCCUCGUUUACAUUUCUUCUGCUUUCCCAAGUGGUAACUGUGCAGCAGCUCCGUGCUACGGCUGCAGGAAAGAAGACAUAUUCUCACACUUUUCUAAGGAAGAGAAGUUUUUCUUACUAGAAUUUUUUUAUUUAUUUUAAUAUAUGGAACACUGUAAAAAAAAAAAAAAAAAAAAAAAAAAAAAACCCGAAAUCCAUUUGUUAAAGAAAACAUGCAGAAUCUGUAAAUUUGUAUCUGUAAAAUAUGGGCAGGUGGAGGCGGUGGGGUUAUUGUGUCCUGUUCUGGUGCAGUCUACCUCAGUGUUUCUUAAGGAUAUUUUUAAUACUGCGCACCUCGAAACCUGUUGAGAUGUUCUGGGCUGGACCUGGUGAGGGUCGGGGAAACCAAUAUCAGCUGAUCCCGAUUCUGGGGAUGGAAGGGAACGGGUGGAGCAGCUCCAUCACUGCUGAUCGCUGUUCUGAGUCGUCGUGACCAAAGGAAACUGCUUCCAGCUCCAAAUGCACAACGGCAAGUUUGGAUCUGGUACUCUAAUAUCAUCUUAGUGCCGUUGUGAUUAGAAAAAAAAAAAAAAAAAAAACACUAAAAAAGAGCCAUUGAAAUGUUUGGACUUUGUGACCGGACGGGCAGGCCGCGGCCGCCUGCAGUGAGCCCUCCCCACGUGCCAAUGUUCAGCAUCUUAAAUCGCAGCGAUCGUAACUGCAGGAGCAGAACAUGGCUUGUAUGGGCCCGGUUCCAGGUCCGGCCCUUCAGCUCGGCUGAUAUUGGUUGGCCCUGCGAGCGCGCGGUGCUCGGGUCGCCCAGCGCGGGGCUGCGCGUUGUGCUCUGUGUGUGCGCGGUGCAGCGCGCGUCGUCGUCUCCGCGCCGAGAGCAGCAGCGGAGCAGCCCCAGCACCAUCCUUCCUGCACCGUGCCCGGGCCUGGAGCAGCGCAGGGCACCGGAGGGAGGAUAUCCUCAGCCCCCGCGCUCCGCCCCGACGGAAACAAACAGCCCCAGCGGUUGCCACUUGUGGCUGUAAAAGAUAAUGUUCAGCUGCAAAAUUAGGAAGAACAAAGGAACGUCAUCGUAGAGCCCAGCUCUGAGCGCGGGAAAACCCUCGGCUCCCAGCCCUCAGCUGCCACGUGAGGCCUCCCCGCGCCGUGGGGCUGCUCCGCUGCCGCGUGCUCCGGGCCCGCCCGCGGUGCUGGGGCCACAGCACGGAGCUGCGCGCGUCGGGGAGCAGCCAGGGGUGCCCCGAGCAGCCGCAGCACUGCAGCUCCAGGCAGCAGAGCAGGAAGCCGAGGCGCUGCUCUGUGCUCUGCCCGCGGGUGUUGGGGCGUGGGGCUGCGGAGGCCUCAGAAACAUUUGUGCGUUCCAUUCGGUGCCCGCUCCCCAAACGCCUCUUGCCAACCCGGUACUUCUGGUGCCGUACAGUGCAGCAUUGCAAAGCUUGUCUGCGAGGUUCAAAGCGCAUCGUGGCUGCUUGUAAAUACUGAUUGUGUUGUAAAAUAGAAGAGCUCAUCGUGUGAUAAUGCAAACUCUGUGCCAGCUCUGGGUUGGGAAACGUAGGAAAUAGACCAAGCUGCAAGGAGGGUGUUCUGUGCUGUGUGCGUAGGGAAGAGGUUGCUCGAUGGCUGCUUAAGGGUACUCUAAAUUUGUGGGUAGUAGAUCUCUUUCCUCCUAAAUUAAUAUUAUAGCAAUGGGGCACUUUGCUUAAUUUUAGUUUUGUUGCGUAUAAUGUUGGUAUCUCUCUGGAGGAAGUUGCUUACCGUGUCACUGACCUACGUGUAAUGAAGGAGAACAGGAGACAGGAGCAGGAAGGGGCUGUGUCAGUUACCCCAGCCCCCGCGGCACGGAGCCCGCUGUGUUCCCUUUACCAUCGCGGUGACACGGGGCCGGGUCGGGGUCCUCCAGGGCCGUCACCGCCAGCGGCGGUUCCCGAUAGCGAGCCCAGCACCUCGCAUUGAGACAGAGAGGAAAAUGUCGUCGUGCCAUAGAACCCCGCUCUGUGCUGGGUGCUGCCGGGCUCUGCUCCGGGGGAAGGGGCUCUGGGAUGGGUUGGAAGCGAGAAGCGACUUCAGAAGUACGUGAAAUUCAAAGCAAGAUUCGUUUAGCAUUUGUAUGAACUGAAUGGAAUUUGGCCUUUUUUUCCCUUCUGCUUGGCUCUGCGGUAGCUCCGCCGCGCUGCAACUCGUUUGGAGGAAUGGGAACAUUCAGUGCAAUUAGGAAGCUGCCGGUUUUACCAGAUCUGCUGUCGUUCAACGUGUAUUUCUUUUUAAAAUUAAAUUGCUUGUCCUUCUCUAAAGUAAGCACUUACUCUUGCAGGUUCAGCAAAUUAACUGCAACACAAUGCAAGCGAUAGGGGGACGGGUCGAGAAAUGACUUUUUAAAUAUUGUAUAAUAAAGUUAGUAUUAACUCCUACGGCGUGGUCGCGUCUCUUGCCUACAUACACUGCAGCUCCUGGGGGCUGCAGCACGGGGCGGGGGGCACGGGGUGGGCAGGGGCUCAGCGAAGCCCCAGGGUCGCUGUGACGGCUCUCGCCCUGCAGCCUUGCACUCACUGAGCUCCGUGUUACCAGAGGGUCCGAGCCGGGCUUGCUCCCGCAGCUCUUCCUCCAAACUCUGCCCCCAAACCCACGUCGCUUCAAACCGCCCCCGUUUCCAAAGGCUUCUCCCAUCACCUGGAAAGCGGCCGCUGGCAACUCCGAGAAAAGCCGUUUGAAAAAGGGGAUGUGAUCGAAAGCCUCGCGUUUUGCUUCCGUUUGCAAAGUGCUCCUGCUCGUCGGGCAGCAAAGCCGUGCUUUGUGUGUGAGGAGCCCCGUGGGCGCGCGCUGGGCCCGGGCUCCAUCAAACGCAGCCAAAAGCCAACCCUGCUCCGCACGCUGCCGCCGCGGGGUCUGCAGACCUCACCUGUACAAAAUAAAGGAUCGAAUGUGCCAUGAUUUAAAAAAGAAAAAAGGAAAAAGAAAAAAACCCAAACCCUCCCCUCUGUUUUUCAGUGUUUUCAUGUGUAAGAGCCGAGCAGUGACGUGUACAGAAAAUAUUGUUGAGUGUUAAGAAGAAAUCCUCGCGGUGUGACAGAAUGUGGAGCAAUUGACUGUUUAUAUUAAACUUCUGAAUAAAUUAUCCAAGAAUAACUUGCGUUUUGUUCCCGCUGUCUCUGCAGCACCACAGGGAAAGCCCUGAGCUCCGGGCUCGGAGCACGCGGUGCUUGCAGCUGCAGGGGGGUGCUGGGAAGGCCCAGAGCCGCCGCGGGGCUCAGGUCGGGGCUCAGGGUGCAGUGAAUUGCGUCGCUGUGAGCAGCGCGAUGGAACCGUUGCACAGAACGCUCCUCCUCCCUUCGAGGGGUGGUGGUCAUCGCUGACGGCGCUGCCCAGCACGGUCGCUCCGUGGUGAAUUCCAUCCCUGCCGCGAGUGAUGCUGGCCAUCGGCGGAGAAUGCACGGAGCUGAUGCCACCUAGUGCUGCCAUGCACCCAGCUGCGGUGCCGGAUGCGGCCGAGCCCUCUGAGCCCGUCCAGAGUUCUGUUGUCGGAAGAGCGAUGAGAAAGGAGCAUACUUGGAAAUGUUUGGGAAUUGCAUCUCCAGGCACAGCCUUGCUCUCUGGGGACGCAAGCAACGCGUGACCUCGCUGUCGCCGAGGUUGCAGGUGGAGAUGCAGGCGGGUGCUGACAUCCAGCCCUGUCCCUCAUCGCUCCUCCAGGUGCACCGCUUCGCGCAGCCCCAGACCACGUCCAGCACCGGGAAGGGAUGGGGCGGCCUCUGGUCCUCGCUCGGUGCGGGGUCACCGCGCUGUCCCGUCGGCUGGCACCGCGGCCUGGAGUCUGAGCAGCCCUGAUGCGAUACUCAUCGCGCUCUUGUGGACUUCAGAGAAAUGAAACCUUAAUUCCUCUUUGCUCUUGUGGUUUCCUGGAGCAUGGGGUAAUUGCUAUCCCAAGCAUUGCCAAAGCUGCGGUCUCUGAGUAAUUGGAGUGUGAGCUGAUCUUGUUCUGAUUAGGGCUUGGCUGAGGCCGGCGUGUGCGCGGGGCCGCGGGGAGAAGUGCGUGCGUGUGGGGCUCAGUGGGACGGAGCAGGCGGCCGCCGCUGUUGUCUCCGUGCUUUGGUUCCUCGCCAUUGCUUCAGUGCCAGGUCAGGGCCUGCAGGGCCAGGGGUCUGCCAGCGCACGGCCCUGGGAGCGCGCGGUGCGAGGAUCUGUGGGCACGGCCUGCGUGUGCCAGGCUCUCACGCUGCACGCAGAGCACUUUUUCUCCGAACGGAACAGGAAGCCGUUCACAGCAACCACAGUCACCGUGCCCAGCGCCGCUCAGCAGCUCUCGGGUCCCCGCAAGAGGCGGUUUGGGGCGCGCAGCCCCCGGGAGGGGCAGCCGGACCCCCAGGGCCCCAUCCCCUGCCAUAGAGCCACCAUCGAAGGAACAGCGGUAUGGGCGCGGCGGUUUUGUUUGUGCCUUCAGAAAGGGGAAGCGGUGAAGUGGUGCAGCCCGAGGCCCCCGCGAGCCGCCCAGCGGUGUGGAUCUUCCUUCCUCGAUGAGGGGCUGCUGCUCGCGGUGCACCUGCAGGAGCCGGGGCUGCGGGGUGCGGGCGUGCUGCGCGGGGACCUUGCUGGAGGUGCCCACGGCCCCCAGGGGUCAGACUGCAAGCCGUGCUUACGGGAGCUCGCUGACCGCAGUCCCUCUGCUUUGGAGUACCACAGCCCCAAGCGUUUCCUCCCAUCCCUGAUUGCUGAGGAUGACACCUUGUUCACCAGCAUGGCCGAAGAAAAGGAGGACUCAUCUUCCACAGAGCUGGACGUCCCAGCAGCGGACUUGCACAGCAGCACGGAGGAUCUUCUCUCUGACUCCGCUCUGCAUGGCACAGAGUAUUACAAAGACCUGGGGCUCCUGAGCCCACCAGCUACCAAAGCAGCGCCAGAGAUGGCGGCACGGCCGGAACCAGCCCCUCAGGCUCCGUCUGCCAUUCACUUAUUGGAGGAGAGGUCAGGGGCUCUGGGCAAAAUGUCUGUGGAUAUUGCUUUUUCCAAUCCCAUCUCCUGCUCGGUGCGUUACGAUGAGGCCGACUGCCACUUUCUGAACAAAGCUGCCAGCUCUGCUGGGUGUCCUGAAGAGGAAGACGAAGCUUUGUACCUUCAGGAAGCCACAGAGUCCUUCCCCACGCUGGUGAGAUCCAUGUCUACUUCUAGGAGGCACAGCUGGGAGAGCCCCUUGUCACCUGUGGACUCCAAGCGCAGGUUCAGCUUGGAUACCACAGAGAGAGGCAGUGAUCCAGAGCAGGAGGAGGCAGAGAAAGGGAGCGGGUCCUGCGUGCAGCCUCAUGUGUCCCUGCAGCUGCCUGGGGGCGAGCAGGAAGCCUGGAGCAGCAGGGCAGGCAGCAUGGUGAUCAAAGUGGAGAUAGAGCCGCUGCGGCCCAGCGGCCCGGCCAGCCCCGGCUCAGAGGAGGCGGAACGUGCCAGUGCCGGGAAGAGGCUGAGGCCACUGUCCAUCCCAUCAGCCCGUAAGGCUGCCUCCCCCCAGACACCCUGCGGUUUCAACACUUCUCUUUCAGCCAUGGAAGGUGUUGAACCCCCUGCUCUGGAGAUGCUGGAGAAGGACCAUGUGUCCCCAGACCAAGUGCUAAUGGUACAGCAGGUACUUCAGGAGCUGAAACAGUAUCAUGGGGCGAAAAAGAGAGUUUGUGUGCAAGAAGGCAGUGACUCGUCCCAGCAGAACCUCACCUGGUUUGAGUUCCUGUCUAACGAAAAUGAGGACAGCGGAAAGAGUGACAAAGCAGAGAAAGGCACAAAGGUGAUGCGACGCCUGAGUUCCCUGCGGAGCCGUGUCACUGGGUCCUGGCAGAAGGAUAAGGGUAAGAACAAAGAGCAAUCAAAAGAGAAAGAGAAGGAGAAAGAAACAAAGGAGCCAAAAGAGAAUUGGAAAGAGGUCAAUCGGCACCAGCUUGUGCCAGGGGUUUUCUCCAGCGGCACCAGCUGCUCGCUGUGCGCCAAACCUCUCGUGAAUAAAAGUGGUCUGCAGUGCCUGAAUUGUGCAGUGAACGUCCAUAAGAACUGCAAGAGUUUGCUGGCUGAAUGCAGCAGCAUCAGACCCAAGCAGAAAGAUUUGCAGCACAGACCUUCUGGACCUGCACAAAGUUCGUCCCAGUGCAUUUCCCCAGCCGCUUCCUUGAAGGAGCAGCCCCGAAGCCUUCUCCUGGGACCGGAUGGCACCCCAGUACUGCCCCGGAGCCUCGGCAUGACUAUCGCCCAAAGAGGGAGUUCUCCAUCUUCGUUGAACACUGCUGGAGCUGUCAGUAAAUUUGGACUAAUUUCAGGAGACAUGGAUGAAGGGGACUCGGGAUUUAUAAAGUUUAAGCAGACCUCAGAUGAUGUUGUCUCGCUUGCACCUUCAACAGCAGACUCCAUUUUUCUGGAAGAUGCAUAUUCUCUAUCCCUCCGAAGUGAAAUAGAAACAGAUGCUCAUGAGUUUGAGGCGGAGUCUUGGAGCGUUGCAGUGGAACAGUCUUAUGCAAAGAGGCAAAAGAAAGAAGUUAUAAAAAGGCAGGAUGUCAUUUAUGAACUAAUGCAGACUGAAAUGCACCAUGUUAGAACGCUGAAAAUAAUGCUGAAGGUGUACUCCAAAGCCAUGAAAGAGGAACUGCAGUUCUCAAAUGCAGUCAUCAACAAGCUCUUCCCCUGUGUGGAUGAGCUGCUGGAGAUGCAUGGGCAAUUCCUGCUCCAGUUAAAGGAGCGACGAAAGGAGUCCUUGGAAGAAGGCAGUGACCGAAAUUAUAUAAUCCAGAACAUUGGAGACCUCUUGGUAAAACAGUUCUCAGGUGAAAAUGGAGAGAGAAUGAAAGAAAAAUACGGUGUGUUCUGUUCUGGACAUAAUGAAGCUGUUAGUCACUAUAAAGACCUGCUCCAAAGCCACAAGAAGUUCCAAAACUUAAUAAAGAAAAUUGGCAACUGUUCCAUUGUGAGGAGACUUGGUGUUCAAGAGUGUAUCCUUCUGGUUACGCAGCGCAUCACCAAAUAUCCAGUCCUGGUGGAACGUAUUAUUCAGAACACAGAAGUUGGAACUAAGGAUUAUGAAGAUCUGAUCCAGGCCCUUAAUUUAAUUAAGUAUACAAUCACUCAUGUAGAUGCCAUAGUAAAUGAGUGUGAGAAGGGGCAGCGCCUUAAAGAGAUUAUGCAUAAAAUGGAGCUGAAAUCAUCUGGGAAAUGCAAGAAUGGGCUUUUCUUCCGAAAGGAUGACAUGGGACAGAGGCGGCUUCUGCUGGAUGGGAUGCUGUACUGGAAAGCUGCGUCAGGACGGCUCAAAGAUAUUCUGGCAGUCCUGUUAAAUGACGUACUGUUGCUCUUACAAGAAAAGGACCAAAAAUACAUGUUUGCAUCAGUGGACUCUAAACCACCAGUCAUCUCACUGCAAAAGCUGAUUGUAAGAGAGGUAGCUAAUGAGGAAAAGGCAAUGUUCUUAAUUAGCGCUUCCUUACAAGGACCAGAAAUGUAUGAAAUUCACACAAGCUCAAAAGAGGAGAGGAAUUCCUGGAUGGCUCACAUCCGCAGAGCUGUAGAAAGCUGUCCUGAUGAAGAAGGAGGAUCAUUUUAUGAACCUGAAGCAGAAAGGAGACUGGCUGAAGCAAGAGCAGUGAAAUUAAGAGAAUUCCAAGAGCGUUUGAACACGAAAGAUGACCUGAUUGUGCAAAGUCUAACUGAGAAACAACAAAUUUAUCAAGAAAUGUCUGAAAUGUAUGGAUUUGAAGACCAUUCCCAAGGAUCCCGAUCUAGGCUACUUCUUCGGGGGGAUAUCCCAGAAAGUCUGCAAGGAGAGGCACUUCUGAAGUCUGCAGUGGUAGAAGCUGAAAAUCUCCAGAACCUUAUCUUCACUCACUUAGGAAAUGGAUCCUGUCAGUCUGAAGAUAGCUACGCAGUGGGACUCCCCAGGAGGGCAGAGACCUUUGGAGGAUAUGACAGUCCCUCACUUUCAAAUAAAAAUAACAGUCUUGGGAAGAACAGUGGUGGUGACCAGAGGCAGUGGGACUGGAGAGGCCCUGCAGUAAGUUCAGAUGUGCAGCUCUCAGACCUCCCACUUGAUGCAGAAGAAGGAUCUCAAACUAGUGAUACAACAAGGCAGGAUGACAGCAGCGGUAUUCAGCCCACUGUAGAGUCUCAGCUUAUCCAAAGGAUACAAACACUGCUACAGUUGCUCUUCAGUCUUCAGGCAGUGAUAUCUCAACAAGACAGCUACAUUGAGAUGCAGCGAGCCACAAUGGUAGACCGGGAGAAGCAGUAUCGGCUGCAGUCUACACGUGGCAACCUGCUGCUGGAGCAAGAGAAACAGCGUAACUUUGAGAAACAGAGAGAAGAACUGAUGAAUGUCCAGAAGCUUCAGAGUCAGCUGAAGCUGGAGCAGCAACGCUGGGAGCGGGAGAGGACUCAGCAGCAGAGGGAACUGGAAAUCUCGGAAGCCCAGCUGCAGAGGCGUGAGGAGGAGACGAGGCAGCUGAAAGAGAAGUUGAUUCAGGAUAGAGAAGAACUGGAGAGGCAACGAGAGGCCUAUCAGCAUGACCUGGAGAGGCUGCGGGAAGCUCAGAGAGCUGUUGAGAAAGAGAGAGAACGUCUAGAUCAGCUAAGGAAGCUGAAAAAACAGAACACUGUGUCGGGCACGUUCUCCCCAGAACUGGGACAAAGCCUGAUGCAAAGUCAUUCUGUUAGCUUCAAUGGAGAAGGAGUAGAACCAUCUCUGCCAGCCCUGAAAACCUCUGCGCGAGUGAGCGUCUCCGGGGUGGAUUAUUUGGAGCGCUCAGAGCUGGUUCGCAGGGACAGCACCACCCUGGAGAAUCGUCCAGUUCUUGCACUGAAGAAUGAAGUGCCAAUCCAUCUCCUGAGCGCAACGAAUCAGAUACAGAAACCAGCUGCUGUUCAGCAGCAGAUCCCCACGAAGCUUGCCGCUUUUACAAAAGGAAGCAAAGAGAAAAGUGGGAAGCACAAAGCAUCUCAUAGGACAGACAGCUCAGCAUCUGUCGACCAGAAGCAGCUGAUUCCCCCCAGGCUUGUUGGGCGAGAGGAGGGUGUCCUCAGAGGCAGAAGAUCAGCAAGUCCAGUCCUCACAAGCAGCCAGGCCACUGCAUUCCAGACAGAAGUACAUGGCUCUGCGGAUGGUCAGCCAGAAACACUUUCUUCUGCCUCUCCAAACCUGUUCAAACCCAAUAACGCUCCCGUUCAGACCCUGGUGACCUCACAGCCGACUCUUUCAAAUGUGCAAGAUGAUACCAGCAAAGAAGAUGUAAUUUUUUUCUAGUUGUUUCCAUUACUCUUCUGACAUACUGUUUCAAGAACUCAGGCUCCGGUGUUCAAUGUGACAGAGACCUGACAUGGGUGUCUUCUUAUUCCUGCCUCGUUCAUACUAGCAAGGACCAGCCCAGGAUUGUAGUUUUACUUCACUGGCUUCUUUGCCAGCAGCUCAAAAUGAGGGCACAGUGGUAAUGAUUUGCUUUUAAAUUCACAAACCAUGGAAAUGUGUUGACGCGUGGCAUGGGUAUGUAAAUUCAGAGCAUGUUAAAAUGCUGCCAUUUACUGCAAUUUGCUCUCUUCGGUGUAUUUACACUCUUUGUGAGCACCAUCUUGUAAAUUGUUGUAGUUGAUGUUGAAUCUUUCAGAUCUGUAUGUAAAAAUUUUAAUGCUAAGCCUCUGAGUGGCUGAGAUUUUUUUAAAAUCCGCAUUCACAGGUGCAAGGUUGCUCUGGUGGAUUAUGCUAAUUCUCUGUUAAGUAAUUGACUAGCAAACCAGACUCCGUAGAGCCACACGCGAUAAACAUUGUGAUACCAACUCCCAGGAACCAGACUCUGUUUCUUUAGUCAAUUCAGUGGAGAACAUGCUCAGUGGCCAGGUACCGUAGAAAAAGCAAGGUAAGCUUCUGAACAGUCUUCAAGGUUCAAGAGCUCCACCUACUUGUGGAUGAGGAGAGCUGAACGUGUGAGAAUGCGUGGCGUUACAGAGGGCUGGACUGAAUGCACGUGGAAUUGCCACCGGCUCACGCCAGGAGGCCUGGCUCCCUGCAGACAUUGAGCAGCUCUCCAUGUUAGUGAGAGCAGUACAGGUUCCUAACCAAAACUCACCAACUGGUUGGGAAGGAGCUGAAGAGACGUGCUCCUUGCUGGAGGAUGUGUAAGAAGUGUUUGAAUGCAGUAAUUAUUGUUUUGUUUCAUCCCAAGUCUUCUGCAUCUUUUAUUUGUCUGCUAAAUUCCAUGGACUUUACUCCAAGUAUCGUAAGAUAUCAAAGCUGCUGUUACUGCAGAGGCUCCUCUGCAGCAGUUUAAGGAAUGAAGGGAAUAUGAACUGUUUGGGUUUAAAAAAAAAAGUGCUAUUAGCUAAACCUCUGUUGGUUUAGCUGCUUACAGCUAAACCAGCUUUGAUACCUCUUGUUAAAUGGGUCAGUUCUUAAUCAUGGAAUGAUGAUAUUAACAGAGCCCUGCUCGGAAGGCAUUAUUUCUUUGUAGUAGUUUGCACAGUCAGUUGUUGUGUUCUGUCACUUUACUCUGCAUCUCAGUUCUUUAUCACUCACGUUACCUGAGGGCAUGUAUUGCAACGUGUGUUGGAUGUGACCAGGCAGAUGUAUUGCACGCAGGAGAAAUUAUUUAGAGGGGAUUAGCAUGGAAUUAGAGAAAUUGGUUUCUCAGAGCCUAAAAACAUGGGGUAGUAUCUUUCAGAACGUGAUUGAAGUUCUUUGGUAUCUUCAGCUCUGGUUUAGAGUGAAUUUUAGCACAGGUAAAUGAAAUGCCUGAUCGGUUCCCAUUCGGUCACAUGGCAGUAGUGCUAAUUGACAGCAUUCAGUCUCCAAAUCAUGGCUCCUGUCUCGGUGAUCAGAGCUAUGUGACGUCAGUGAUCUUUUUUUAAGGCAUUAACUUCACUUUGCUUGAGGGUUUUAAAACUAUUGCAGUAGUUACAGUGCAAGAAACUGCAGAAAAUAUGGAGUUGACUUGCAGCUGAUGAUAGCUGGGGUUGUCAUCUCCAGACAAGAACCUGAGAGAUCCGAAGUUACAGGUCAGCGUGAGAGCAGAAGGUAAGCUGUGAAAUACUGAUUCUGUCUCGGGGAGCACGCUGUAAUGCUCUGUGGAUUUAAGGGUCUUCUUGCAAAGUGAUGCUAGUAAAAACCUGAAGAUGCUGAGUUCAGAGUCGCAGUGUCACCCGUGAGAGGAAACUUGGAACAAUCUAGCAUGCUCCAGACUGGUCACACCCCCCCCUCCUCCCUGAUAAAUGAUUCCUGUUAACGAGGGCACGCUUCGCUUUGGCACCAAGGUAGUGCUUGGGGAAUAAGGAGCCUUGCAGGACUUCCCCCGGUUAUCGAUGGCUGGAUUUGCAGAAAACUGCUCGGGGAACAUAAUCAUUCCUUCACUGAACAUCUUCCUACGUCGUGUUUUCGCAUUCCUGAAACCUGGGUUGAAAUUGUGGAAAUAUCUUAAAAUCAGUGUAAGCUGUCAUCGACUCAGCAGCUCUGCAGGAGUGAUUCUUCAGCUGGCGGAUGCAGAGACUCAUGUCUGAUACCCGUGUAACUCCUGCUGUAAAUGCACAGCGAGGCAGCAGGAAGGCGCAGCGCGUUGUCUCUGCGCUGUGGUUUGGCCCAGUCCCAGUGAAAACCCCACUGCCCCGAGUGACCAGCUCCUGAGGAGCCUUAGCCGAAGGCGAAGCUGGAUCAGUGGACUCAGCCACCUCAGCUGAGGAAGGAGGUCUCUGUUUAGCAGUUUUAAAACCAUUUUUGGAAACGUGUAUUUGGUUUAAUUUUGUGCCUGUCUUAAUGUAUGGGGGAGGGAGCUCUGUGGAUCAGAGAGAUUUAUUGGGAAACUUUUUUUUUCUCCUUCCUCCGUGCGAUGAAUGGUGUCAGAUUUGGACAGUGCAAUCUGGAAAACAUGAAGUCUGCAGUGAGAUCUCAUUUCUUUUGAUAUGUUAUGACUGAAAUAAAACCGUCAUCAUAUUAAUUGUCAGCAGCGCUUCGGGUGAGUUACAGCUCUUAGCAAAUGAACGCCUGACCCUUGCAGGAUGGGGUGUUGGUUCAGCAUCUUAAGAGUUCCUUGGAAAAUCAUCUUUGGUCUGUAACAAACAUUAAGGUGAUUUCUGCUACCCGUCUGCAAUACACAUCUGGCUGCAGCUCGUUCUAUGAAAGCCACGUUCACCACGAACAGAGAUCAUUCAAGUGCCAUAGGAGGAGUCUGUGAUUUCGUGUACAGCCCCCAGUCUGGGGGAGGUCUCAGGAUGUUUCAUUGCUGGUGUGGAGUGUGCUCUACCCAGAGCGUGGUGAAAUGACUUGGAACCGCUGAGGGAAGCGAGUGGAGUGGUUCCUUGAAGUGAAGAGUGGGUCAGCACUUCUGCAAAACUGAAUCUGGGAAACUGUUGUUAAAUCAUCGCAACUGAGUGAACCAGUUUGGGAUUCUGCUCAAAUGUCCCUUGUAGAAGAAUGUUGUUUCUAAGCAGAUAAGAUGGCAGAGUGCUGCUGUAUCCCGGGCCGAGUGACCUGCUGCUGGUCGCGAGUGACGGCGUUUGGCUUUGGGUUACUUCAGAUAAGAGUUUCCUCUGAAGUGAGAUCAGAGAUGAGGCAGCUCCGAGCUCUGUGCCUCCCAGGUGCCUUCUGCCUUCUGGGUGGGGUGUGGAGGAAUUCCCAGCACAGGCUUCGAGCUGCCUUCCUCGCGCUGUGUCACAGCCGUGAUGCCGCUGUCCUGUCUGAGCAUUGUGAUGGUGCAAUGCAGAGACUCGGGACGGCUUUGAUUCUCGAUUUUAAUUCUGGUGCAGAGGUUGCUUCCUCCUUCUCUUCCCAUUUGGACAGAGGUCAUUUUGUAUUUCAGACUGAAGACACUCCCUCCUCCCCUGUUCACUGCUACUCAGAACAUCUGCCCUGUGCAUGCUGUAAAUGCCUUCCAAGCCUCUACCUGUGCUGUCUGUGGAUUGCAGCUGUGACCUGUCCCAUGGAUGGAGAUCACUGGUGGUUCCCAGGGGGAGGCAGAAGAAUCGCUCAUUCUGGAGAUCCUUGCUCGUCAAGCUAACGGCGUUCCUGCAGAGGUGGGAGGAGCUGUCAGCAAUGUGCUCGCAGUUCUGAGUGACAGCCAGGUGAUCCUGAGUGCACGGCACUUGCUGUUCGCCAUUUUCACUCUCAGUGAAGGUUGAAACUGAAGCUAGGGAAGGUUUAAGAUGCAUCGUUUUGCUUCUACUUCCAAUGCUGCAGAAGAGGCACUGCGGCUCCGCAGUGCUGUCCCCGUGUUGUGUCCCCGUGCCAGGGAUGGGGAGCAGCUUUGUUGCCUUCCCCAGCAGUUCUCCCAUUUGCAAGGAAGGAAGAAUGCUGGUGCCAGGUUACACGUGUGCUGUUCCUGCCUGACCUUGCUGAGUUGUUUCUUGCUGUUCUGUGUGGUUUGUUCUCUUUGUGUUCUGUUUUUGGAGAGGAUCCCCCCCCCCCUUUCCUUCCAAGGCCAGACCCAGAUCUUUGCAGCAGGCGGUGGCUCUGACAUUCACCAUGGGCACGUUGUCCAUCAGGUGCCGUUUGUGCAGCUCUGCUUCGUACCACGUGUGCCAUGUUUAUAAAUCUGCUUUCUUUUUUUAUAUAUUUUUGUACUGAGAAAAAUUGGAGCACUUUAGAAAAGCUUUUCAGAACCCAUUUCUGCUUGUACCUGGGAGGGGCCCUGGGGUGGACGUGGGUCCUGCUGGGUGCCUGUGUGCACCUCGCUCGGAGCUGUGAAUUCCCCGAUGCUGUUCAGUCUUAGGUCUGGUUUCUAGGCCCACCUUGCACUGAAAGGAUUGGAUAAAUGCUCACGGUUCCUGGUUAAAUUGACCAUUCUGCUGGGGAAGUGUUUUCCUCUUAGGAUGUAAGCAUUGUAAAUAGUUCAUUCAGUGCUGAUGCUGCAGUAGCGACGUCUUCGUAGUCUUACUUUAUUUGUAAAGAUGGUGGAUAAAUGUUAAUAUUCUGUUGAAUUGUGCACUCUGGAUUAAUUGUACACUUGAUCUUAGCGCACCAAACGAUGAUUUUUACAAUGAUUGCAAUGUUUCUCCACUGAAGGAUUUCAAAGCUGCAAUAGGACUGAAACCAACUUCUAGCAAUAAAAAAAAUAAAAAAUAAACAAGCUAACUGCCUUUA